AUGAAUGAAACUAAACCAAUAUCAGAGAGAGAGUUGCUAACUGCCAUAAAGGAUCUCUUGAAGAAAAACGGUCUUCUAAAUAAAAUAAAUGCUGAGGUGCGAGCACAAGUAACAGAACUCCUCCAAGACCGUCAGACUGGCGGAACUGUGACAUUGGCUCCAACCCCGACUGAUGAGGUGCUUCUCGUUAAUGAGUUAGUGAGAGAAUAUUUGGAGUGGAACGGGUAUCUGUAUACAGCAUCGGUCAUGACGUCUGAAGCUGCGAUGCCCAAGGAUAAAAGAUCCAGAGCAGACCUAUGUGCCGAGGUUGGAGUUAAGGACGAUGAAAAAUCAUCCGCGCUUCCGCUGUUAUCAAACAUAGUAGCGGCUUAUACUGAAAGGAUUAAAAGGAAAAUAAGCAAGUGCAAGAAAGAACUGAGUUAA